UCAGUGCGCACUAGUUUUCCCAGUGAAAAACGCUAUAAGGAUGUGAUGUUUGAUUUGGUGGGAUGUUGGAUUGUUGGGGUCGUCAGGGAGGCUCUUAGCUCUUAUUUACAUUUUGUAAAGUAGAGUCUUGCCUGGGGUCAAAGCCGUGUCUCCGACGUAUUCCCGCUAUUGAUAAGAAGGGAGAGAAGAAGAGGAGCUCGCGCGAUUUCUACUGCAUUAUCUCCGACGAGAAAUGUCCGACAGCAUGGAGCGCGAAAAAAAUGAGAGGUUAAGGAUGCUCGAGGAGGAAGAAAUGAAACGUGUACUCACAGGUAUUGGGAUCUAUGAGCCAGGAAUUACAUAUAAACAAAUGAAAAGACUACUCGAAUUUGUAAAUGAGUCUCAAGAUACAUCGAACAUUGCGAAUAAUAAAAAUACUCAAGAGGGGACACAACAUUCCGAUAAUGAAUGUUUAUCAGAUAUUACAACCAAUGUAAAUGUGCAGCAAGAGGUGACCUUGCAGGAGAGUACGGAGAUGCCGAGACCGUCGUAUUCGUAUAAAACAAAUUGCACGUCUCCGACUAUGCACGAACGUAAGACCGCUCACUAUAUCAAUAAUCCGGAAUCUCCGUCUCUUGUCGAAGCACGGAACUCUGUGUACAAGCCUAAAACAGGCUCUGACAGCGAGGAACUAUUUGAUAUCUCCAAUUCCACGCAUAGUACAAAUCGAUUCCCCUCGUUGAGAUUGAGCUCGCGAGAGUGCCAGAAAGCGGCAGAAAAAAGAAUGUCGCAAGACGCACAGGGAGAGGUCGUCCAAAAGCUAGAGAAAUGGCGAUUAAACCCGCUCGAUGUCUGUAUCAACGAUGAAAAUGACGUGCCUUUGCGACAGCCAGCUCGACCUUUGGCUCGGGAACGUAUGCCAUUUGAGCAUUGCAAAGAGGUGCACGUGUCCGAUCAAUGCGACCAAGUGAUACGGUCCAUGAGCCAGCAUUUGAAGGAAAUGGCGGACUUGUGGUACACUUGGCGCCCCAUUACCAAUCCAAUAUUUCAAUGGGGGUCACCCAUUCAGGUCGGCCCUGCUAACGGUAGUUUGGAUAAAAAACCAUUAACAGAAUCUAAGACUGAACAGAUCGAAACAGCGGAAUGUAUAUACCGGGACGGUUAUGAGCGAGCUAGUAAACGUAAAGCGAAUACUAUCAUCUCUAGUCUAAAUAGAGAGAGUUCCACCGAGGAUGAGGCUGGCGAUCGAUAUGACUUUGUUCGUGUUAAAAAAAAGAAAGCCAAAUUUAAUAAAUCUAAUGAAGAGAGUGAUACGAAUCGGAAUGCGCAUAUCAAUCAUAAGAAAGCAACGUCAAACGUGAUUCACUUUUUCAGCGAUGAUAAUAGUGACACAGAAAUUAACAACGAGAAUGUUAAACAUUUAGACUCUAAAAUAAAAUCUGAUGAAAAAGAUGAUAAAACAUCGCCUGAAUUAACCGCGUAUCCUAGAAGGAUAAUACCUCCUAAUCCUAAAGCGCGCGUAGGUCUAAACAGACAAAAAAGAGUAAACGCUACGUCGAAGACUACUUCAAAAACGCAACGCGUUAAUAAAAAUAAUGCUGUUGAGCAGAUAAAAAAUCAAACGAAAGAUAAUACAUUGACAGAAGAAGAAAUCCGUCAAAAGCUAGAAGACGAUUUGAACGACGAGGAAGAGGAGGCUGCAGUAGAAAACAAUGUAGAAAUUCGAUCGUUGCCAGUAUCAAUAAAUGUACGAUCUAGAUUACGACAGAAACAACUAUCAAUUAGCAAAACGAAAACUGCGAAAAAGACAAUGCAAGGGGGAGCAAAGAAGGAAGAAGAAAGCGAUGAGGAGAACAAAAAAAAGAAAUUCAAAGUUUCCGAACAACAGAAGGAAGAAUUAUGUGAGAAAGUGAAUAAAAAUGGAAGCUGGGAGCAUCAACUCUUGUCCGAUGAGGAAGACAAAUCAUCUGAGAUGACUCGAGAGUUUGCACAGGAGUUUACACAGAAUGGCAAUCAGUCCAAUAAUGUACCUAUUUCGACAAACAAUGUGAGCUGUCCUAUAUGCAAUAAAUUAUUUCCACAUAAUGAGAUAGAAAAUCAUGCCGCCGAUUGCAAUCAAUUUGAGACAAAUAACGAGGAGGACGAUGAUAAUAACAAGAAUCAAUUAGAAUGUCAUAUAUGCAACAAAUACAAGACAAGCAAUGGAAUAAAACUUGAAGAACAUGUGAAUCAAUGUAUAAAAAAUAGGAUUGAUCAAAAGCACUCACGCGAGAAGUGUAAGAAGAACAGAAGAUUUUCAAGCAAUACACGGCACUUCCUAGGGAUGAACACGGGAGUUUUGUAUUGUAAUUGUCAUAUCACACUUCAAAGUACACUGUCAUCGGAAAUGAAGUUUUUUAUUUUGGCAUUGUGGAUUUCCUGCUUGAUUAGUGUACGCUGUCAAGUUAUAACCUUAAAUGGUGCAUGGACAGGAACCAUUAAUAUCUGUGAUAAAAAGCCCUUUGAAAAAUGUGACAAUGAUGUCAAUUUCAGCGCGACCGUACCUGGAGGAAUUUAUACAGAUUUGUAUAAAAAUAACAUAAUAGAUGACAAUUUGGUUGGAAAAAAUGAUGUCAAUAAUCGUUGGGUUGGAAAUCAAUCCGUGAUUUACACUAAAUAUUUUAAUGUGAAUGAUAAUUUUCUAAAAGCUCGCAAGAUAAUUUUGGUUUUUCAUGGAGUUGAUACGUUCGCUAACAUUUCUUUGAACAAUCAUGCUAUCGGAAAAACUUCAAAUAUGUUUUUAAGAUAUAGCUUUGACGUGACAGAUUUCAUCAAGAAAGGACAGAAUCUAUUGGAAAUCACAUUUCGCUCAGCUGUCAAAGUAGCUGAAGAUUUGUACAAUGAGCAAAAGAAAAAUUACAUUGUACCACCAGUAUGCGUACCUACAGAAUAUAAUGGACAAUGUCACGUAAAUCACAUUCGUAAGAUGCAAGCUAGUUUUUCAUGGGAUUGGGGACCUGCUUUUCCCUCGAUUGGUAUUUGGAAAGAUGUUGAAUUAAUUCCUGUAAAUGAUAUAUUGAUUAAUGACAUUACGGCUGACAUACGCAAAGAGAAUAAUUCCUGGAAUGUCCUUGUUACAAUAUUUCUCGAGACAGCACAAAGUAAGGACGAAAAAGUCACGAAAGUCAAUUGUCAUGUAGCGUCGAUAUUGCAUAUUUCACAAAGCAAACUUAUUACUAAUGUCAGCGAGGUUUUACUUGACACAAGUGGAAAGUAUAGAAAUAUUAACAUUUCACUUAUUGUGCCUGUGAAUGCUGUUAGAGUUUGGUGGCCGAAUGGUUACGGCAAACAAUAUCUAUAUUACUUGACUACCAUUGUGACAACGGCGGAUAGUGUACUAUACAAACGGAUUCGUAUAGGCUUCAGAACGGUGGAAUUGGUGGAAGAACCUUUGGAAAAAGGAUUGAGCUUCUAUUUUCGCAUAAAUGGCAUACCAAUCUUCGCUAAAGGCAGCAAUUUUAUUCCAGCCAGUGUCUUCCCCGAACUGGGAGCAAAAGAAGACACCAUCAGGCACUUGUUGUUGUCUGCUAAACAGACACAUAUGAAUAUGCUGAGAGUGUGGGGCGGUGGUGUUUAUGAAUCGAAAUUAUUUUACGACCUAGCUGACGAAUACGGGAUCAUGAUUUGGCAAGAUUUCAUGUUUGCAUGCGCCAUGUAUCCUACAAGUGAUAUAUUCUUGCAAAACGUGAGGGAAGAAGUAUUACAAAAUGUGAUACGUUUGAAAAAUCAUCCAAGUAUUGUGCUUUGGGCUGGAAAUAAUGAAAACGAAGCGGCACUUUAUGGAAAUUGGUAUGGUACCGGUACUGCUCAAGUUUAUAAAGAAGAUUAUGUGAAACUUUACGUGAAUCUAUUGAAAACAGAAGUGGAGAAAUUGGAUCCUAUAAGACCGUUUGUCGUGUCUAGUCCGGGGAACGGAGCGUACGCAAAGACGUACAAUUAUACUGGAGUGAAUCCUUAUUCAAAUCUCUACGGCGACGUUCACUAUUAUAACUACCUUAAAAAUGGAUGGGACAUCAAUCAGUAUCCUCGGACAAGAUUUUGCUCUGAGUACGGAUUUCAAUCUUGGCCAUCGAUAAACACGAUAGCGACUGCUAUAGAAAACGUGAAUGAUCUUCAUGUCGACAGCGAUUUCGUGAAACACAGACAACAUCUGCCACUCGGCAAUGUAUUCAUGCGGAUGCUGAUCUCGCAUAACUUUGCUAUACCACAAAGUAAUAACAGCAUUCGAGAUUUCAGAAAUUAUGUAUAUCUCAGUCAAAUCAAUCAAGCUGUCUCUAUAAAGAUAGAAACGGAAGCAUACAGGCAAGCCAAGUCCGAGGUGAAUUCUGUCGGUGAGGGUAUGACAAUGGGAGCUCUCUACUGGCAGCUCAACGAUGUUUGGCAAGCUCCAUCAUGGUCUUCUAUAGAUGUCAAAGGUCGUUGGAAAAUGCUUCAUUAUUAUGCCAAGGAUUUCUUCGCGCCCGUUAUUAUUACAUCACAUUUGUCCAUUUCUAAUAAUCUCUCGAUAUAUAUAGUAUCUGAUCGAAUAUAUACUUUUAAAAAUUGCACAGUAAAAAUUGAUGUUUACAAAUGGGAAUCUAUGAAACCUAUAUUCACAUUAUUCUUCAAUAAUACUAUAAUAGAAUCUAAUAAAUCUGUGAAAAUUACAUCCUUUUGGUUGGACAAAUUUUUAUCUGAAGUGGGUUGUGGAUCAUUGAAAUCCGCCAAGAAAUCUUGCAUAGCCACAUUGUCUCUCACAAAUAAAUAUGGAUUUUUAAUCGCUCCAAUUAAUUAUGUAUAUCCUGAUGCAUUAAAAAAUGCAGAUGUAUCAGUAGCUAAUGUAACUAUGAGGAUCGAGAAGAAUCAUUUACCUGGAAAACUUUCCAAUUAUCCGGAUUUCAAAAUUAUAUUAUCAACAGACAAUAUAGCACUAUUCGUGUGGCUAGAAGUGGGCAAUAUUCGUGGUCGUUUUUCAGAAAAUGGUUUUCAUAUAUUCGUAAAGGAGAAAAUAAUUAUUUUCCACGCACACGAGGCAACUUCGAUUGAAUUAUUGCAGGAUAAUAUAAAACUUACGCAUCUAUCGGACAUUUACAGUGCGCAUGGCAAUUUUGAUGGUGACUUUGUUGAAAGAGCACAUUUAGAUUAGUUACGCAUAAAAUUUUCUCAUAUAAUUCAUCGCACAUGAGUAUUACUGUUACCAAUAAAUCAUUUGAGAAACAACAUAAAAAAAAUCGCUUUUUCAAAAUUGAAAAAACUGUCUAAUUUGUAUAACUGCAGUAUUAAAAAUUAUUAAAAAAUUAAAAAAAAAUGCCUUAUUAUUUCAUCCUCUCUAAAUCUGAAUCAGUGAAAUGAUUAAGUAAUUAUAAUGCUAUAUACUUAACUAAUUUAUAAUGCUAUAUACUUAUAACUGUGAUUAUCAGUGAUUAUUCAUUGUCUUUCAAUAAUUCCGAUUAAAAGGAGAUGCUCUUACUGAUCCGAAUCAAUGUAUCACUGAUUGAUGAGUUAUAAGUAUAAUAUUGAAAUCAGACUAUUUGCUGUUUUUCGAGUAAUACACUAAUUCUAUUUUAAAAAGUGUAUUAAGUGAAUGAAAUAUAUCUAUUUUAAAAUUUAUUUUCAAAAAAACUAAUUGUAAAAAUUU